CAAUAGGAUCUCAGCCCAUAGUCAGAGUUGCACUGACUGUAUUUAAAUGAAAUGCACACAGUGGAGCCCUGCAUGUAUUUAGGAGACAUGUCCCUAAAUUUCAAAUGAUAUCCCUAAAGCAACACAUAUGCUCAUAAAUAAGUCUCAUAUUAAUUUUUAUAUUUUUUUUAUAUUUUUGGAGUUAUUUACUGCUCUGAGUGGCCUGAGCAAUGUGUAAGGGACUAUAAAAAUAAGCAUUUGCUCAGGUCAAACCCUUGUAACCCUUAGUAACCACAUUUUUCAUUGCAGUCAGGUAUCCAGUGCACACUGUUUGGUUGCUAUGGGUUACUAGACAAAUUAAAAACUGUGCACUCCUUAUUGCAUUGCCCCAGUUAUAUAUAAGGAGAUACAGAAAGCUUCAUUAUAUCCAUGCAGCGAGUUUCCCGUGUCCCAUUGCCCCACCAAGCAGUGCCCCCCAUGGGUACAGGGUAUAAUAUGUGCCCCAACAUGUUCCACUGGAACUGGGCCUUGGGGGUAAUAGUAAGUGGGAGCCCUGUCACUGUCACUUACAGACCUUACUGUGAGAUAUGUUAGUUAUACACUGAAAUGUAUGGGGUGUGGGACUUUUUCUGUUAAAAUGUCUGUUUUUGCGUCAUUAGAUAUUUCAUGUAUCAGCGAAUGUGGCCCCAGGAUAAAUGUGCCCGGCGCAGAAGGGGGAGGAGCCACGCUGCCAGUGAGGGUAUGGAGGCAGAUAAAAGACGUCUCUUGGGUUAUAAGUAGAAAUCAUUUUGCUACAACAAAACCCAAUGAGCCCAUUGAUAUCCGUGAUGAUCAGUAUGAGGGGAGAUUGCACAGUGAGACAGGCAGAUCCUUAACCCUCACGGAUCUAACCAAUCAGGAUCAGGGAAUCUACUCAGCGUUCAUUCGCUCACAAUCAAAUCAGCAGUGCAAGCAACUGUAUCAUCUCCAAGUCUAUAAGACUCUCACAUCAGAAGAUAUCCUGAUCCAUCUAAAUGUCACCCUUAGUGAGACCCACAAUGGGCCCUGUACUAUUACGGGAACCUUGUCCUGCGCUGUGAUUGGCUCAGAUGUGACUCUCACCUGGAAUAACACAAACAGCCCCGGCACAGAAGUGACCAAUCACACGCUCCGUGUCUAUAAUGCUCAGUCACAUGUUACAUACAGCUGUACCGCCCGGAACCCAAUCAGCGAGGCUUCCAGAACUGCACAUAUUCCCUGCAAUAGAGAUAAUACAGAAGCACCAGUUGGAGAUUAUACCCGGCAGAAUAUGAUCCGUUUGGGUUUGGCCUCAGUGAUACUGAUUAUUACUUCAUAUCUGAUCCUCCAACACUUUCACGGCAUGAAAAUAUAUUAUAAGGAUCUCAGCUGAUAGGCUGGUUAUAUUGUAACUCCUCAUGGGCGGGGCCUCGUCUCCAUUUUGGCUGAACAGAGAGACACGCCCAUCAAGUUAAACCUAUUGCUGAAUAAUUCCUGUUCUAUUCUAUUUUCCUGUUGAUCCAGGGGAAAGGGACAGUUUCCCACUUGAAGCUUUCAGCAAAUUGCCUUAUAAGCAGAUAAAUGCUCAUUCUAUUAAACAUGGCAGCUGGACUGUUCCCUGGAUAAACACUGUAUAUAAAAAGUGUUAAUAUCAAUGCAACAAGUUAUAGGAGAUACUGUAAGUGCUGUUGAUCUGCCAUAACCAAAUGCAGUUUCUGUUUUGGCUAAUGGAGGCCAAUG